CCUCCUACAGAAGUUCGAUAGUCUCAAUUAUAACGACACAUCACCGGAGAAAUCAACAUGAAGCUAGUUCGGUUCUUGAUGAAAUGUCAAAACGAGACGGUCUCGAUUGAACUCAAGAAUGGAUGCAAGCAUUGCUUGAUGCGGAAACUGAGUUUUGCAGGCACCAUUGUCAACGGCACAAUCGCUUCCGUCAGCCCUAAGAUGAACGCUGCACUUCGGGCCGUGAAGAUGACUCCCAAAAACCGCGACACGGUUACCCUAGACACAAUGACCGUCCGAGGCUCUACCAUUCGUUACAUCAUCCUGCCAGACUCCUUGCCUCUUGACACAUUACUUAUCGACGAUGCGCCGAAACCGAAGAACAAGGCGAGAAAGGAAGCCGAUCGGGGUGGCCGGGGCGGCGGCGGUGGCGGCGGUGGGGGACGUGGAGGUGGACGGGGACGCGGUGGACGGGGUAGGGGUCGUGGACGAGGACGUGGUUUCUAA